CAGCAUGAGCCACGUGUGACAGAAGGAAGCACUGGCAGGGAAGUCAAAGUCUUUUCCCCCUCCUCAGCAUUUCCCCGCCUGCAAAAUCCCCGUUGGGGCUGGCUAUAAAGUGGCCCCUGCAGCAGCUCGGAGCAGGUGGCGAGGAUGCAACUGCUGCCAGCGGGGCUAGCCCUGGCCCUGCUCCUGAGCAACUUGGUGCCAGGGGGUGGUCUGUCACUGGAGAGCCUGCUGACCAACAUGAGAUGCAAGUGCAUCAAAGCGACUGCCCAGGUCAUCAACUUGGGGCUGAUCCUUGCCAUCGACGUUACACCACCGGGUAUUCACUGCAGGAGGAAAGAGAUCAUCCUCACCCUGAAGAGAAACAAGAAGGUGUGUGUGGCUCCUGAGGCACCCUGGAUCCAGCUGCUCAUCCACAAGCUGACAGAAAGGAACACCAAUAAAAAAGGAACGGCAGCACGGCCACGGCGGGAAGCGGAGCGGUGGGCUGAGGGAGUGGAGUGGAGGUGCCGGCCCCCUCGCAGACCCCCUGCCCAGUCUCUCCCUGUGUCUGGAUACCAGGAUAAAUAGCCGCCCAUGGUUCUUUAUUCCUCUGUGGGGACAGCACUGAUAGAAGCCCUCUGUGCCAAGAUGCGCAGGGAUUCGCAGCACAGUGCUGGCACUUGCUCUGCUCUCAGGGGUGUGGCAGGGGGCAGGAGCCUUCCUGUGCUCCCCAAAAAAGGCUUUCCCUUCAGGCACCUGGUGUCGCUCUCCUUUUCAGGUGUCUGUGCUGUUCCUGUCUGUCCCAGACACCAUCAAUAAAAGCAUGAACAUGUUUCUCCCCUUGGUUGU